GACCAAGAAUCGCCUUCAACCCUGUCUGGUGCAUCCUUGGCAGAAAGUGAGGAGGAAAACACCCCCAUUGUUCUUUGGCAUGGACACAAGUUCAGUGGGAGGAUUAGAAUUGACUGAUCAGACUCCUGUUUUAUUAGGGAGUACGGCCAUGGCAACUAGUCUCACGAAUGUAGGAAACUCCUUUAGUGGUCCACCUAAUCCUUUAGUGUCUAGAUCUAAUAAGUUUCAGAACUCAUCAGUGGAAGAUGAUGAUGAUGUUGUUUUUAUCGAACCUGUACAACCUCCCCCACCUUCUGUACCAGUGGUACCUGAUCAAAGAACCAUAACUUUUACAUCAUCAAAAAAUGAAGAACUACAAGGAAAUGAUUCUAAAAUUACUCCUUCCUCAAAAGAGUUGGCAUCUCAGAAGGGAAGUGUAAGUGAGACAAUUGUCAUUGAUGAUGAAGAGGACAUGGAAACAAAUCAAGGGCAAGAGAAGAAUUCCUCCAAUUUUAUUGAACGAAGACCUUCUGAGACUAAAAACAGAACCAAUGAUGUGGAUUUCUCCACUUCCAGUUUUUCAAGAAGUAAGGUAAAUGCAGGAAUGGGUAAUAGUGGUAUCACCACAGAACCAGACUCUGAAAUUCAGAUUGCUAAUGUUACAACUUUAGAAACAGGUGUAAGCUCUGUGAAUGAUGGCCAAUUAGAAAAUACUGACGGGAGAGAUAUGAACUUAAUGAUUACACAUGUAACAUCACUGCAGAAUACCAACUUGGGAGAUGUCUCUAACGGACUGCAGUCAAGUAGUUUUGGUGUUAAUAUACAAACAUACACCCCAUCUUUAACUUCACAGACCAAGACUGGAGUAGGACCUUUUAAUCCUGGUAGAAUGAAUGUCGCAGGGGACGUAUUUCAGAAUGGAGAAUCUGCAACUCAUCAUAAUCCUGAUUCUUGGAUCUCCCAAUCAGCUUCAUUUCCCCGUAAUCAGAAACAACCAGGAGUGGAUUCUUUAUCACCAGUGGCCUCACUUCCUAAACAGAUUUUCCAGCCUUCUGCUCAACAGCAACCUACUAAACCAGUUAAAGUCACUUGUGCAAACUGCAAAAAGCCUUUACAGAAGGGCCAGACAGCUUAUCAACGAAAAGGAUCAGCUCACCUCUUUUGUUCGACCACCUGCCUUUCUUCCUUCUCUCACAAGCCUGCUCCAAAGAAACUCUGUGUUAUGUGUAAAAAAGAUAUAACUACAAUGAAAGGAACCAUUGUUGCUCAAGUGGAUUCAAGUGAGUCCUUCCAGGAAUUCUGUAGUACAUCUUGUUUAUCUCUCUAUGAAGACAAACAGAAUCCUACUAAAGGAGCUCUAAAUAAAUCAAGAUGUACAAUCUGUGGUAAACUAACAGAGAUUCGCCAUGAAGUCAGCUUUAAAAAUAUGACUCAUAAGCUGUGCAGUGACCACUGCUUUAAUAGAUAUAGAAUGGCCAAUGGUUUAAUAAUGAAUUGCUGUGAACAGUGUGGAGAGUACUUGCCCAGUAAAGGUGCUGGAAAUAAUGUUCUGGUGAUUGAUGGCCAACAGAAAAGAUUUUGCUGUCAAAGUUGUGUCAGUGAAUACAAACAGAAAUACGGAAAACUGACAACUUGUACUGGUUGCCGAACACAGUGCAGGUUUUUUGAUAUGACUCAGUGUAUAGGUCCUAAUGGAUAUAUGGAGCCAUAUUGUUCAACUGCUUGUAUGAACAGUCACAAGACAAAAUAUGCAAAAUCACAAAGUUUGGGAAUUAUUUGCCAUUUUUGUAAGCGAAACUCUUUACCUCAAUACCAAGCCACAAUGCCUGAUGGAAAACUGUAUAACUUUUGCAAUUCCAGUUGUGUGGCUAAAUUUCAGGCUCUAAGUAUGCAGUCAUCUCCAAAUGGCCAGUUUGUAGCGCCAAGUGAUAUUCAGUUGAAAUGCAACUACUGCAAAAAUUCUUUUUGUUCAAAACCAGAAAUCCUGGAAUGGGAGAACAAAGUGCAUCAGUUCUGCAGCAAAACUUGUUCAGAUGACUAUAAGAAGUUGCAUUGCAUAGUUACAUAUUGCGAAUACUGUCAAGAGGAGAAGACUCUUCAUGAAACAGUAAAUUUCUCUGGCGUUAAGAGACCUUUCUGUAGUGAAGGCUGCAAAUUAUUAUACAAACAGGAUUUUGCAAGACGUUUAGGACUGAGAUGUGUUACUUGCAACUAUUGUUCUCAGCUGUGUAAGAAGGGAGCAACUAAAGAACUUGAUGGUGUUGUGAGAGAUUUCUGCAGUGAAGACUGCUGUAAAAAAUUUCAGGAUUGGUACUACAAGGCUGCAAGGUGUGACUGUUGUAAAUCUCAAGGAACUCUUAAAGAGCGAGUUCAGUGGCGUGGGGAAAUGAAACAUUUCUGUGAUCAACAUUGCUUACUGCGUUUCUACUGUCAACAAAAUGAGCCCAACAUGACAACUCAGAAAGGACCUGAAAACUUACAUUAUGAUCAGGGUUGUCAGACGUCUCGAACCAAAAUGACAGGUUCAGCACCACCGCCUUCUCCAACACCUAACAAAGAGAUGAAGAACAAAGCAGUUCUUUGCAAACCUUUAACAAUGACAAAAGCUACUUACUGUAAACCUCACAUGCAGACCAAAUCUUGUCAGACAGAUGAUACUUGGAAGACAGAAUAUGUUCCAGUGCCUAUCCCUGUGCCUGUGUAUAUCCCAGUUCCUAUGCACAUGUACAGUCAGAAUAUUCCUGUUCCUACUACAGUUCCUGUUCCUGUGCCAGUUCCUGUUUUUCUGCCUGCUCCAUUGGACAGCAGUGAGAAGAUUCCUGCAGCAAUUGAGGAGCUCAAAAGCAAGGUUUCUUCAGAUCCUCUUGAUACAGAGUUGCUCUCAAUAACAGAUAUGAUGAGUGAAGAUGAGGGGAAAACAGAGACUACCAACAUCAACAGUGUAAUUAUUGAAACAGAUAUAAUUGGUUCAGAUCUUUUGAAGAACUCUGACCCAGAGACACAGUCCAGCAUGCCUGAUGUACCAUACGAACCAGAUUUGGAUAUCGAAAUAGAUUUUCCCAGAGCUGCUGAGGAACUUGAUAUGGAAAAUGAAUUUUUAUUACCACCUGUUUUUGGUGAAGAAUAUGAGGAACAGCCCAGACCUCGAUCUAAAAAAAAGGGAGCCAAGAGAAAGGCUGUAUCAGGAUACCAGUCUCAUGAUGAUAGUUCAGACAAUUCAGAAUGCAGCUUUCCUUUCAAAUAUACAUAUGGCGUAAACGCUUGGAAACACUGGGUCAAAACUAGGCAACUUGAUGAAGAUCUUCUGGUAUUAGAUGAGUUAAAAUCUCCUAAAUCAGUAAAGUUAAAAGAGGAUCUACUCUCUCACACCACAGCUGAGCUUAACUAUGGGUUAGCUCAUUUUGUCAAUGAGAUCCGAAGGCCAAAUGGAGAGAAUUAUGCACCUGACAGCAUCUAUUAUCUUUGCCUUGGAAUACAGGAGUACUUGUGUGGAAGUAAUCGAAAAGACAACAUAUUUAUUGAUCCUGGAUACCAAACUUUUGAGCAAGAAUUGAAUAAAAUUCUACGAAGCUGGCAACCAAGCAUACUUCCAGAUGGGUCAAUAUUCUCUCGAGUUGAAGAAGACUAUCUCUGGAGGAUAAAACAACUAGGAUCACACUCUCCAGUAGCUCUUCUGAAUACACUGUUCUACUUUAACACUAAGUAUUUUGGCCUGAAAACAGUGGAACAACACUUAAGACUUUCCUUUGGCACUGUGUUUAGGCACUGGAAAAAAAAUCCUUUAACGAUGGAAAACAAAGCAUGUCUUCGAUACCAAGUGUCUUCCUUAUGUGGAACAGAUAAUGAAGAUAAAAUUACUACUGGAAAAAGAAAACAUGAAGAUGAUGAACCAGUAUUUGAACAAAUUGAAAACACAGCCAAUCCUUCCAGAUGUCCUGUGAAAAUGUUUGAAUGCUACUUGUCUAAAAGUCCACAGAAUCUUAAUCAGAGAAUGGAUGUUUUUUAUUUGCAACCAGAAUGCUCUAGUUCUGCAGAUAGCCCUGUCUGGUACACAUCUACUUCACUGGACCGAAACACCUUGGAAAAUAUGCUUGUACGGGUUCUUCUAGUAAAAGAUAUUUAUGAUAAAGACAAUUAUGAACUGGAUGAAGACACAGACUAAAAAGGAACGUUUUGGAAGCAAUCGGGAUAAAACAGCAUUAGAUAGUCAUGCUGCUAGAUCUUUAUUAUGGAAAACAUUUCAAGUUUACUCCUUCUGUUUUGAGUUUUGUAGCAGUGUACCCACACUGGGUAUUACCAUGUAAAUAAUCUGUGAGUGAAAGUUGCCAUUAUUCUAUGUAGUGGUUUUAGGAUACUUAACAAAUACAUUCAAAUUCUUUUUUUAUUAUUAUUUAUUUGAUUAGGUAUGUUUGUAACUUUUUACAUUACAGAAUAUGAAUGAGAAUGUGCCAUGUAUAAUUUUUUUCUUGUAGUAAGAAACAUCCAUAUUGCACAACUCUACUGUUGGAAAGCUUCCUUGGAAGGGGGCUCUUUUACUGGGUUCUUAACCAGAUGGUUGUGUAUGGGUAGCACUACUAAAAGUUUAGAACUUGCAGUAUCUUUCGGAGUUUUUAAAAUAAACUGUAAACUAAUAGGCUGGGGUUUUUGUUUUGUUUUGGGGGGAUUUUUUGUUUGUUUUGUUUUACAUUUUAGUUACUGAAGCCUUACAGUAAGGUUAUGUAGAGAGAUACCAUCUUCUGUACCAAAAAUAGACAAGAGAAUGCUGUCAAUAUUGGUGUACUGUAAUGUGAAUCUAUACUGGUGAAAACAAUUUUUUGUUCCCCUUAUUAAAACCUUAGUGUCCUUUUCUCAUUUGUGGCUUUCUGCAUCACCCAAUCAAUAAUAUAUAUAUAUAUAUAUGUAUGUGUAUAUGUAUAUAUAUAUAUAUAAAUGAUUAUAAGUUGAGAACAAGAUUAUCAAGACAUUUUCUUUGUAAAAAUGUCUGAUGAAAGUAUAAAAUUGUUUUAUUUUAUGCCAGCCAUAAAUAUCUGAAAUCCUCUUCAUUUACAGAGGUUUUUUAUUUCUUAUUUUCUCUCAUAUACAGAUCACGCUGCAAUAUUACCUGUGUAGUACUCUAAAACUUAACCAAUUUUAUCAGAAUUCCUGUGCCUGCUGACAUUGGAUAAAAUUAUUUUUAGAAAUUCCACUCUUGAAAUAGUUACAGAAAGUCAAGCUACAUUAAAUAAGAUAGGAUCACAUUUUAUUACGAAGAUUACCAGUGUAGUAAGUCUGAUAUUGCAGAUGAUUGAGGAACAAAGAAACUAAUAGAGAAAGUCAAUCUCAGAGGAAAUCCCAUUAAAUAUGUUAAAUUGUUUGGCUUUUUAAAUUACUUCUUAUAGAAGAUUGCAUCAAAAAAAAACAACAAAAAAAAAAACUUUGUGCUUCUGCAUAGCAAUUUAUCCAUCCAGACCUUUUCUUUUAGAGUAAGGAAACUUAAAAUCUACUUUCUAAAGACUGAACAAAGUACUAGUUGCAAAUUAUGUUGAAAUCAUUUUCUAGCAUGUGUGUAAUCAUGUUUUCUUCUGAUUCCUGAAUGACCAUUGUAGCAUUAGUUUUUAGAAAUUGUUCAGGGGGAAAUUAAGCUAUUUUCCAUAGUCAUUAGGCAAUUGCUUCCUUCAGAUAUUCCUCUCUCCCAUAUGGAUAAAUGUUACAGCACACAGAAGAAAUUUUCUCAAUUCUGAUUUGGAAAAUUUCACAGGUGUGAUUGUUGUAUAUUUAAGCAAUAAUUAUCUGAAUGUUUUUGGCUUAAAAUUACUUUAUAAUGUUCUAACUUGUUUUAUAAGUUUGAAUGACUUUUCUGUCCCUUGAUUUUAUAUUACUGAGUGAUAAUCAGACUGAUAGUAGCAAAUCUGAUAUUACAUGACUAAAAUAGAUUGCUGAUUGUCUAUUUAACGAAGACAAGUGGGUAACGUAUUUAAAAUAUAUAAUACAAAAAUUUCCUCUAACUUACCUUUUUCCAGAACUACUUCUUUAAGCACUUUUCCUAUUAAUGCCUAUUGUUGAUUAAAAGAUGGUUAAUUCUAACCAUCUUUUAGUCUUCAAAGUGGUGCUAUAUUCCAUCAAGAGCAAUAAAGUUUUUCCCAGGUGUCACUUAAUUGUAUAUGCUACCAAAUACCAUAAAUUUCUGCCAUAGUAGUACUAUCAAGCACCUUGUCUUGCUAUUUACAUUUUCUUCAUUUGUACAUUUUUAGCUUUUCUAAGUGGAAAUGUCUUACAUAAUUUUGAUCUGGACAUGAUUGAGGAUUUAGAGCUCUUGUCUUUGUCUUGAUUGCAAUCCAAUGAUAGAUUAACUUGAUUCUCAGGGGGAAAAGAAAAAGAAAAACUUAUUUUAUGAGAAUUGUUUGUUCUGUGAAAGUUACUUCACCUAGAACACAUUUCAUUGAUUCUUGGAUCUUCUUAGUUUAUGUGGUCAUAGUUGGCUGCUGAGAAAAGGACAAUGAAAUGACAGCAAUUUUCUUUUGCUUCUAGGUGAUCUCUGAUUAUAGAUAGCAUCCUGUAAAUAUAACCUUAUUGUCUUGAAAUGUUUAUUGAAGAUGCUAUAUUUUUCUGUUCUGUUUUCUGAAGAUUUUGGCAUUUAAAGUGAUCCAGUGAAAAAUAAUUAUCCACAUUGAAGAAAGUGGAUUUCCCAUGCAAAUUGAAUCUUCAUUAACACAUUUUUAAAGGCUUUACUGUAUUAGGAACAUAGAUAUUAAAGGAUUUUUCUAGGCAAGAAGCCCAACUUUUUUUCCAUAAAAAUAUUUUUUGCUUAAAUAGUAACUCAUGGUUUUCUUUUAUUAAGUGGGGUUGUUGCCAGUGUGUUAAACAUUGAAAUAGGAGGAUGCAUAUUGUAUUAUGCAUUCAAAUUUAUCACUGUUUUUCUGAGAGACUUUCCCUUUGUCCUUUCCAGUUAUGAUUUGGGAAUGGGGUCACUUGUUUAUGCAUAGUAUUAAGGGUUAUAUAGUAUGAAGAAAUCAUAAAAUUGCAAGUUUUGGUUUGCAUUACUCUAAUGUGGGUUCAUUUAAUCUGAGAUCUUAAAUAUCUUGCAGCCUUAAAUCACUACAAACAUUUGCGUUCUUAUUAUGCCAGUUAUUUCCAAAAUGUAUUGUUAUACAUGUCACUUAUGUUUUUAAGCUAAUAUUACUGUAGGAUAAUCUCCUUGUUCCCCUCAAAAUAGUCAUGAAAGUGUACAUGAAAAUAUUUUUAAAGAAUAAAUUUCUUUAAAUUACA